UGCCGCCAAUAUCGUCUGGUCAGUAUGAGCGUGCCUAUGAUAAUUUUGAAAAGUGGAGAAGAGAAAACUCAAUAAAUUCUUUUUCCGAACAAGUAAUGCUAACCUAUUUCCAAAAACUUUCAAGUUCCUUAAAGCCUUCGUCGUUGUGGUCUCUUUAUUCAAUGUUACGGUCCACUAUUAACCUCAAGAACAAUAUCAACAUCAGUGAGUACCUACGAUUACGCACUUUCCUGAAAGGGCAGUCGGAUGGCUACAGGCCGAAAAAGUCAAAACUCCUAACUCCCCAACAAAUUAAAGAAUUUCUUGUGACAGCACCUGAUGAAAAAUACUUGUUCACAAAGGUUGGAUUAAUCUUUGGUAUAAUGGGAGGCUGUCGUAGGGAAGAAUUGAUGAAAAUCCAAAUUACUCACAUUCAAGAUCUUCACGGUGCAUUGUUAGUCACAAUUCCAGAAUCUAAAACAAAGACUGAGCGUCAGUUUGUAAUUACGGGGAAUUCAUAUAAUACAUGUAAAAAGUACAUCGCUCUCCGGCCUCAAAACAUGCAAAAUAUGACGAGAUUCUUUUUGAACUAUCGACUGGGAAAAUGCACCAAACAGCCCAUUGGAAUUAACAAGUUUGGGAAUUUGGCCAAAGAAGUAGCAAAGUUUUUAAAAUUACCUGACGCAAUGAACUAUUCAGGACAUUACUUACGAAAGACAUCAGCAUCCAUUUUAUUUGACUCUGGCGCCAACGUUGGAACUCUAAAGCGCAAUAGGGGUUGGCAUUCGACCAGUGUGGGUGAAGCUUAUACUGAUGAUUCUUUGAAUAAGGUAGACACGGAGAAGAAGAUUUUGCAUUCAGUUGAAAAUAUAGGUACGACUCUUGAAUGUCAUGAUACUCAAGAUAUUAGUGCUGGUACAAGCACUUUUAAUAGUAAUUACACUGCAACGCAAACGCUGUUUGAAUUAGAACCAAAAGCAGGAACUAGCAAUUGUGAUUUAUUACUUUUUCCAAAGAUUGAGCCCACUGACUUCCUAGAUGAAGAAGAAACUGACAUGUCCACUUUGCUUGUUCCAAAAGUCGAGAUGAACUACUUAGAUUUCGAAGGAGGCCAAUUUGUACAAGAUCCAAUUGAAUUACCGGAACCAAUCAAAAACAGUCAACAGACACCCAAUAAAGGAAGAGUCUCAAAACCUAAAUAUGUAAGGGAUAUUAAGAUCAGUGAUCUUUCUACCCCCGAGAGUGCGAAACGGUGUUUCUUGAUGGCAAAAGCAAAAAUUAAUCGACAGUGUUCAAAAAUUAAAAUGCUAAGACAAGCAAAUAGACGCUUGUUAAGGGAAAUCAAAACUAUGAAGGAUUUGGUGAAUCGUCUUCGAAAAAAAAUUUGAUUUGUUAAAUUUAUCAGGAUGAUUUGGUGGUACAGCCGUUGCAGGGCUGACUGACAUGUCAUCAAAAUUAGUAAAUUCAUGAAGGCAAAGACUAGAAUUUUCAUUUAAAUUGUAGGUAAGCUACAGCGUAUUAUAAUUAUGUGUGUAAGGUAUGGAAAAUUUUAUAACAAGUCAUUAAUGACAACCCAGACAUUACCAGGAGAAUACUUGAUUUUAUUGCCAUUAAGCAAUAAAAAGCACCCUAUUAUUUUUAAUUUAAUAUUAGAUAAAAUGUAAAUAAAGCAUUG